AUGAUUUUGAUCCCGGCUCUGCUCAUGUCUCAGGACCUCCAGCUUCUUCUGCAGGCCCUGCAUGUGGCAGCUGAGUGCUGUGCAUUACAGAACCAGAGAGAGGUCUGGCACACACAGGCCCCAGAUCCAGUGCUCGAAAAGGAGAUUGACCCUUCCUCCGGCAAGGACAAGCCAGAGUGCUURAUCUGUUUCAACACCUACGACAAUGUCUUCAAGACGCCCAAGCUGCUGGACUGCACCCACACCUUCUGCCUGGAGUGUGUCACCCGGGUCAUGGCCGUGUCUGUGGAACAGGAAGGGGGCCAGAUCCCUUGCCCCCUCUGCAGGCACCCCACCUCCCUCCCCGCCAGUGGCCCCCCAGCCCUCCUCACAAGUCUGGAGCAGGAGGAGAGGGUGUGGCUGGAUGGGAAGAAGCUGUGUUACUCCAACCCCGGCAGCCCUGACCUUCUCCAUCCGGACGGCUCCUCCACCUGUAUUUGUAUCAACAUCGGGAUAAUCCAGGAGGAGGCUGCGUCCAGACAGACUGAGGCUGGCAGAAGGAGACUCGUCUGGGCCAGACGAUGCCUCUGCAGCCUCUUCUCAGACUGGAAGCGGCUGGUGCUGAUCGCAGUGCUACUGAUCAUGCUGGUGUGUGUCAUGUGGCUGCUGCUUUGA